AUGUCUCUUGGCCGAUCACUUGCGAUGAAUUUCAGUGGACAGCUGGUGGCCCGGGUUUUCUCGUUUGGUAUCAAUAUGUAUUUGCUGAGGGUGGUUGAUAAUGAUGUGCUUGGUCUUGUGAACGUACGACUAUUUUUACUGUACAAUACAAUACUGUUUUUAACGCGGGAACCUAUGCGGAAAGCAAAUAUCUUGAGAUCAUCGCUUCCUUCUUUCAUAAAUGUAAUAUGGCUCAGCCCCUUAAUAUCGCUAGCAUUGAGUGUGCUUUGUACAUUAUUUUGGCGGACGUUCUCUUCGAGUCACGAUCUACCUUACCACGUGCUGCUGGCAUUUCCUCUUUCAGCUGUUAUCGAGUCACUCGCCGAACCCUUUGCGGUUAUCUCUUUACGGUUCUCUCUUUCUGGUCAUUUCGCCAUUGCACAAAGUCUUUUGAUAUCACUGCAACGAGUUUUUGUUCUUGUUCUCAUUCUAUCAACUUCUAUGUACCAUCUGGAUAUAUUUGCUUAUGCACAGAUAUAUAUCUUUCGAAAAGUAUACGACAAUUUCUGUCACAUUUAUACAGGUUUAUCAUCUGCUGCGUACUUGAUGUUCCAUUACAUUGGCUUCCUCUACUACUCGCGGAGUUCUUUACCAGAGCUAACUUCUUUUGCCGGAUUUCGGAGUUUCUUCCCCCAACCAAGUCAUGGAGUUGAACGUGAAUCUCUUUCUGCGAUUGGUACUCUCUUUGCUCAUUCCAUUAUGAAGCAGUUGAUGACUGACGGCAGCGCGUACGUCAUGACAUUCACUGAAUUACUGUCUCUAAAAAGUCAAGCCGUCUAUGAUGCGGUUGAAAAAGUUGGCAGUCUCGUGGCAAGAAUUGUAUUGGCGCCAUUGGAAGAAAUGUGUUUCGCUUAUUUCUCCAACACUGUCAACCAAAAUUCAAAAAUAUUCAACAAAAGCACGGAUACGCAUGACACUUUGGUUCAAAACUUCUCAAUUGUUUUACAUGUAGCAUGCGUUGUUGGAGUAGUUGUUUCGGUUUUCGGGAUACCAUACUCUCCUCUAGCGGUUUACCUUUACGGUGGACAUCUUCUCUACGACAACGGGGGUGCGGUAUUAUUAUCGCUCUACUGUAUAUAUUUGUCCAUAUUAGCUGUUAAUGGUAUAACAGAGUGUUUUGCAAUGGCAACAAUGAGCAAUACUCAGGUGUUUUCACAUGGAGGAUUUCUGCUUCUGUCAGCUAUCGCACAUCUUAUAGUGACUUUUAUUUUGUGCACCUACAUGAAAGCUGCGGGUUUUAUAGUGGCAAACGCCAUCAAUAUGCUUCUUCGGAUUGGUUAUAGCUGGAGGCACAUUCGGAACUUUUUGGGAAAUCGAACUCCACCCAUUAGCACUAUUUUGCCAACGUUUUCCACUUUUGUGUUUCCUGUUCUUCUCUUUGAUGGCUACACUAUUUACUCUUUUGGUAUUUGGCUCGACUCCGGGAUUGUCGCAUAUGAUUGCCCAUGUGGCAAUCGGAGGCGUACUGUUUCUCCUUGUAGCGGCUCAUAUUGUCAGCACAGACCAUGUCUCUCGGAAUGUCAACCACAUGAGACUCCAGAAGUAUGCUUCGCUAAACGUCCCCUUUAUUCUGUGAUGAAGUCGUUCUCAUUGUCGUGA